GAACUAAGAGAAUAUGAGCGAUCGAAGCAAAGGAUCAUUCAAUUCUAUUUUGCAAAUCUUGUCUUCUUUCACUAUUUUCUAGUUUUUAAUUUUACUCAAAAGCUUCCUCGAUUACCAAAUUUUCUGAUGAUCCUCUUCCAACGCUCUGUGUUCUAAUCCAGAUUCGUUUUUGCUCCCUUCGCUAUUUCAUUCAAUUUCACUACAUCCAUAUUCGAACACUACCUCUCUCUCUCUGCUCAUCAUUCACUUCAAAGGUAUUUUCUUCUUCAAACCAGUAAGAGUGACUACUUCAGAGUCUGAUGAUUCCUUGGGGUGGAGUUACUUGCUGCCUCAGCGCCGCCGCUCUUUAUCUUCUCGGCCGGAGUAGUGGCAGGGAUGCUGAAGUGCUCAAAACUGUCACUAGGGUCAAUCAGCUCAAGGAGUUAGCUCAAUUGCUAGAAUUAGAUAGCAAGAUUCUGCCUUUCAUUGUUGCGGUAUCAGGAAGAGUCGGUUCUGAGACACCUAUCAAAUGUGAGCAUAGUGGCAUACGCGGUGUUAUUGUUGAGGAAACGGCGGAACAACAUUUUCUGAAACAUAAUGAGACGGGAUCUUGGGUACAGGAUAGUGCAUUGAUGCUAUCAAUGAGCAAAGAGGUUCCUUGGUUUCUGGACGAUGGGACAAGUCGUGUCCAUGUAAUGGGAGCUCGUGGUGCGACAGGGUUUGCCUUGACUGUUGGUAGUGAAGUAUUUGAAGAGUCAGGACGCUCACUUGUACGAGGAACACUUGAUUAUCUCCAAGGCCUUAAGAUGCUUGGAGUUAAGCGCAUUGAGCGUGUUCUUCCAACUGGAAUACCAUUAACAGUUGUUGGUGAGGCUGUCAAGGACGAUAUUGGAGAAUUCAGAAUUAAAAAACCUGACAGAGGACCUUUCUAUGUCUCUCCUAAAUCACUCGAUCAGCUCAUUUCUAAUUUGGGAAAAUGGUCGAGGUGGUACAAAUAUGCCUCCAUGGGCUUUACUGUUUUUGGUGUGUUCCUAAUUACAAAGCAUGUCAUUGAUUCUGUUCUAGAGAGAAGACGGCGAAGACAGUUACAAAAAAGAGUGCUUGAUGCAGCUGCGAAGAGAGCUGAGCUAGAGACGGAAGGUUCAGACGGGGCACGUGAGAGCGUUUCAGAUUCUACCAAGAAAGAAGAUGCUGUUCCUGAUCUAUGUGUGAUCUGCCUAGAGCAGGAGUACAAUGCUGUAUUUGUCCCGUGUGGUCAUAUGUGCUGCUGCACUGCAUGCUCCUCCCACUUGACCAGCUGUCCACUUUGCCGGAGACGAAUAGAUCAGGUGGUUAAGACAUAUCGUCACUAAACAAGAACUCAGGUCUCAGAAGCAUUCUCUACUCGAGUCUUGUCUGUAAAUACCGCAAGAUAAAAUGUUACAGUUUAGAGUCCAAUAUCCUCUUUUGUUUGAUUUCAAGAACAAAACAUCUGAAUUAUAUAUAAACCUAAGGUGCUUGCUCAGUUCACGGAACAGUACAUUCGCUUUUGCUUAACCUUGUCACUGUUAAUGCCUCGAUUCAUGGAAUAGAUAUUUUCA